AUGUCCUCCCCAGCAAAGGACGUCUUCCUCAUCGGCCCCGGCCUCAUAGGAGCCGACCUGAUCGAGCUCCUCCUUCAAGACGACUACACCAUCACCACGCUGGUCCGUCGCUCAGAGCACGCCGAGCAGAUCAAGCAGCACUACCCGUCCGCAAAGAUCAUCAUCGGCACGCUCGACGACUUCGACCUGAUUCGCCAGCACACAGCCUCGCACAGUAUCACCAUCCACGCCGCGACGGCCGACCAUCUACCAUCCGUGGAGGCCGUGCUUGCGGGCGUGCGCGAGCGGGCCGCUGGGGGCCUACCCACGAUCUACAUCCACACCAGCGGCACGUCUUGUCUGGUAGACAAUUCGCGGGGCAUGUACAUCUCCGACAGGAUCUACUCGGACUCACGACCCGACGAGAUCGACGCCAUACCACCGGACGCACCACAUCGGGCGAUCGACCUGGCCAUCCUCGCCGCGCGCAAGCAACUCGCCACAAGAGCGAAGAUCAUCGUCAUCCUCCCGACGCUGGUGUACGGCGUGGGCAAACACAUCCCGCGCCUGUCCAUCCAAUUGCCCACCAUGACGCGGUUCGCGCUGAAGCAUGGCUUCGCGCCCGUCAUCGGCAAGGGGUUGUCGGUGCGGUGCAACAUCCACGUGCAAGACUUGGUGCGCGCGUACAUGGUCAUCUUGCGCUGGAUGGAGAGGAGCAGCGCCGAGGAGGUGCUCCGGAAUCCUUACUUUUUCUGCGAAAACGGCGAGGAGAUGUUAUGGAGGGAUGCCGCUGCGGAGAUUGGCAGGCAGUUGUACCAGGCCGGACGGAUCGAGGAUCCUGAACCGCGGAAUGUGCCAAAGGAGCUGUAUCCGGAUCUGUUUGGGCCGUAUUCGCCGACGACGGUGGGCGCAAAUUCGAGGAGUCGGGGAGACAGGUUGAGGGAGUUGGGAUGGAACCCGAGGGAGAAGAAUGUCCUGGCGUCGUUCCGGGAGGACGAGCUGCCUCUGUUGUUGGCGGAGAAUGAGCAGUUCAACGGGUACGCGGGCGUCGCGUCCUCUGGGACGCAUGUUUUGAAGAGUCUCGAAGAGUCUGGAUUGACAGCGAUGUCGUGA